UUUCCCGUCUCACCGUUAAGUUCUGCUGCAGAGGAAAACGCUAUGUGGUGCCUGCCCACCAGAACGUGAGACGUCCCGAGCAGUCACUCCAGUUAAGUGUGGUCUGUUGGAAGACCCAUAAGCAAGCAUUUGUGGGCUGUUUCGGUUGUAGCUUUGCCUCCUGGCUCGAAACAUCUGAGGUAGCCUGGUAUUGUUCAAGGAGGACUUGAAAGCACAAUGAAAGGAGUAAACUUGGAUACCUACAAUCUCUCCUUGCUGACUGCAAAGGAGGACAUUCUGAACCCCAGAGCAUCUACCAACUGGGCACUCUUCACAUACGAAGGCAUCAGCAACAACCUCAAACUCGCUGACUCAGGAGCUGGUGGUGUGGCGGAGCUGUCAGCCAAGUUUCAUGAUGGCCGGCCCAUGUAUGGUCUGUGCCGGAUGGGCUCCACUGAGCAGCGCAUCGUCAUGAUCUGCUGGGUGGGACAGAAUGUGGAUGAGAUCCGCCGAACGGAAUGUGCCAGCCAUGUUCCAGCCAUCAAGCACUUCUUUAAGGAGGCCCAUGCGUUCAUCCCGGCGAGUAGCGUUGGGGACGUGACAGAGGAGAAGCUGGGGGCCGUUGUCACCAAGGUAACAGCGAGGCCCCCCCUACAGGCCCAGAGGAGAAGUUCAGUGCCAGUCGACAAGGAGGAGACAGUGGGCACGAACUACAGGAGAACAAAUGCAGCCAUGGAGAUGCGCAGGGUCAACAGAGACUCCUUCUGGGCGCGUGCAGAGCGUGAGGAGGAGGAGAGAAAGGAGGAGGACAAGAGGAGAGCGGCGGAGGAGAGGAGGCGUCGGGAGAGGGAGAGGAUCAUGCAGGAGAGGAAGGAGGCGGAGGAGAGGGAUAGAAAGAUGAACGAGAAGCUCCAGAUGAUUGAGGAGCAGAGGAGACAGCAGGCUCUGAUGGAGGAGGAGAUGAGGAGGAAAGAGAAGAGCAAAUGGGAGUUGGAGAAGAGAGAGCACGAAGAAGAGAUGAGAGAGCGGUUCAGGAGGAGUGAGUCCAUAGAGAAAGCAGCAGAGGCAGCAGCCCUGGUGUCUCAGCGCUCCAUGAACCCCAGAGACUUCUUCAGGCAGCUCUCCUCCUCCUCCAAGUCCCCCUCCAGCCCUCUGUCACCAAACACAGGCAAGCCGCCAUUCCGGCGCUACAGACGCAGCCUCACAGACACGGCCUUCAUCUUCCACAAGUCUGACGGCACCCCCACCUCCCCCCUCAGCCCCCGUGUCACCUCCCCCUCCCCCUCCCCCUUCGGCCACUCCCUCCGCCACACCUCCGCCUCUCCUCCACCCGCCCGGGCCACCUCCCCAGGCCUCUUUUACCCCUCCCACUCCCCAAAUCACCACGCCCUGCACUCUCCACCCAUGUCCCCCCAGCGCGCCACCCCUCCAUCAGCUCCCCUACCCAGCAUGCCUCACUCCAGACCCCGGCCUCCGUCCACUCUGCCUCCUCUGCCAUCCCCGGCACAGGCACCCCACCCUGCUUCCCCACCCCCACCGCUGCCUUCCUCACCAGGUCUGCAGGCCAGUCUGGUGGAGCUGCCCAGCAAUGCUUCUGCUACGCCACCAGGUGGCGCCACUGCUGAGCCAAUGCCUGAGAAUGAGAACACUGAGCAGUCAGAUGCCAUGAAGCAUGCUCACGGCAGCCUUCCAGAAUCAGAGGCAGGGCUCCAUGCUCGAGCGGUCCUGGUGGAGGAGGAAGAGGAGGAGCAGGAGGAGAAGGAGGAGGAGGAGAAACAGAUACAGCAGGAGGAGAAGCAGGUGGUUGUCAGCUCAGAGCCAGAGCCUGAGGCUGAGACGGUGCUUGAAGCUACAGUUGAGUGUGAAGAAGCUAAGCCAGAUGAAGAAGCUGAGGAGGCGAAGAAUGUGACAGAGGAGCCACAAGCCCCCCAGAGGGAAACAGAGGUCGAGGUUGCUGAGGAGGAAAAUGAGAGGAAAGAAGAGGAGCAGGAGAUGAAGGAGGUCAUUGAGGAGGACGAGGAUGAGGAGAAGAAGAAAGAGAAGAAAGUGUGUAUGGAAUCAGGAAAGAAGGAAAAUGAAAGUGAUGAGACGGUGGAAGCAGGUGAAGAUGUGUUGGAGCAGUGUGAGGACUUGGUGGAGGUCCAGAGGCAGAGCAGGACUCUGCAGAAUGGCACAGAGAAAGAGUACAUGCACAUGACGGGGAUGGAUAAAGAUUUGGCCAAUACUAUUUUGCCUGAUGACGAGAUGCUCGAAGAGGGCAAAGAGAUAUCAGAAAAUGGAAAUGAGGGUUCUCCAGAGAGACAGUUGUGUGUACGAGCCCUCUAUGACUAUGAAGCAGAGGACGAGUCGGAGCUGUCCUUCCAGCCCGGUGACAUCAUCAGUGACGUGGAGACGGUGGACAAGGGCUGGUGGAGGGGCUUCAGCCAAGAUGGCCGCCAGGGACUCUUCCCCGCCAACUACGUGGAAACCAUUUAAAACAGCCGGGCUCUCCCCUGCUAACUAUGUAGCGCCCUUCCAUUUAAAACAAAUGUGCUGCAUAUACACUCUCACACACACUUUUUUCACACACAUACAGUCAGGGUGCGAUUUGUUGGAAAACCAGAAGGUGGGAUAUGUUUCAGAUUUUAAGCAAUAGCAAUGGAAUUACAUUGAACUGUGUGUUUAAAAUCAUGUAGAAAAAGUGGUCAUAUCAAAACCUGAAGGGGGGACAAUCCCCCCUAUCCCCCCCUACAAAUCGCACCUGCAUACAGUACACAUGGGUGCACACAAGCGUCUCUGAACACACAUGACUACACAGGUACACGCAUGCACACAGGGAAUAUACAUUACUCACACACAAAAUUAACAGACACAGACAGUCAGACAGACAGACAUACACACGCAGGCACACACAGACACAGACACAGACACAGACACAGACACACACAUACACACACACACAGACACAGACACAGACACAGACACAGACACACACAUACACACACACUGACAUAGACACACAUACGCACACGCACACGCAAACACACUGGCCAAAAGUGGAAUUCCCGGUCAUCACUCCGUGCCUUCAGAUCAGAAACCUUUCUAGACUUUUGCCGUUUUUUUACAAGCUCCCACUGGACUGCCCUGUUAGGAUGAAGCUUCAUGCCUCUAUCGUACUUUCUGAUUUUACAUAUAUGUUCUCUUACUUCUUGCCUUGGCUUCAACCAUAGAUAUAGAGCACUAGCUGUGUUCUGUCUUUUAGCAGGGCUACAUAGCCUCAGGUGAUGCCCUCUUGGGCCAGGUUCCUGUGUGCUUCACACUGUCAGGAAAAAUGUUUUUCCCCCCUCUGCGGGAUAAUUUCUGUAUCACCCACCCUGUCACAUAUUUUCACUCAAGCAGCAUUACACGCUGAACUAAAAUGAUCAUAUUCAGUCAUCUCAUUCUAAUAGACAGGGGACAUCAGUGUGGCCACUAGUGUUCUAUGUCUAUGACCUGCAACAAGUUGGGCCCUCUGAGGCCAUGGUUGAAUCUUUUUCAUAAUAGCAGAGGCGGACAAUCCAGGUCCUCAAAGAAAAAUGACGCGAUAUUAGUCACAGUUUAGUCUCUACCAUUCAGCCAUAGCCUAUUGGUCGGGAGUCUAAGGGUUGAAAGGUUUCAGGUUCAAAUCCCCCAUAUCACAUCCAUGGCUGAAGUGUCCUUGAACAAGGACAUUGCUCUAGGAACUGUAUUACCCUGUAAUAGCUUAACAGGAAGUCACUCUGGAUAAAAGUGUAAAAUGCAAUAUAAUGUAAUGCACUGUAAUUGGUGAAACCCCCCCAUGUCAGACUUCUUCUUUCCCAAUUCCGGUUUAUCCACCUCUGCAUAGUAGCAAAUUGGGUGUAAUUUUAGGUGAGGAUGGUGGGGACGUGUCCAUACCACUUUUGAGAUGAACCUAGCUUAUUCCCACCACCUCCAAAAAUAUACUGGAAAGAAUAGUUGAACCAGACAAUUUACCAUAAUGUCCCCACCACUUUCAAAGCCAAAUAUACACCUUUGGCAUUGGAUGGUAUUGUUUUGGAAAGUGGAGACACGUCUUAAACACUCACAAGUCUUAUUAGAGUAACAAGGUUACAAGUUUUAUAUUCUUAGGUAAUCCACUAUGUAUGUAUUUUGGAAUACAAUUUUGUUAUUUUAGUUUUAUCCAAUUUUUGCACAAAUGAUUUUCUUAUAUGUAUUUUCCCCGUUUUUAAUCUGUAAGUGAAGUGUGUUGAUUUUAACUCAUGUUUUGUUUAUAUAGUCAGAUGAUAAAGUGUGACGGUCCCCCAUUACCUGUAUCACUUCCUAUUGUGUAUCUAUUCACAUAGGUUAGAGCAUAGGUUAAGGGUUGAACAGCAAGGAAAUAUCAAAAGCUAUGCGUCUGACUCUGAACUGUUGAAUUUAGUACAGUCAGAAUGUCAGUCAGAAUGUCCGUCAGACCUGAGACAGGACACCUAUUCACCAUUUCCUGUGAUUGUGUCAGGGACCCUUACUCUUUCAAACUGAAUCUGGCCAGUGCUUGGAAGAAAUGCUCCUCUCCGUUUGAAGUGCACUUGUGUAUCAUUAUUACAAUAUGUCCCUAUAAUUCACUUUACCAUUAGUCAGCCACACCGUGUAACACUCCACUUAUUGAAGAUUAUGUUCUUUUCACACUUGUGUAAAAAAAGAAGCUGUUUUUUUUAAGCAAAAUGUUUCAUGGGUCAGAUUUGUGCCUUGUUUUCUUUUCUGUUUUGUUUGUAUUUGCAGGUGUGUCUCUGUGUGUGCUCAUUCAGCCAUACUGCUAGUAUCCGUCUCUGUAAAUACAAUAUAAUGCUGUUUGCCGUAUUACA